AUGAAGAUCAUUGAGUCUGAGAGAGCACGUACUGUGAGUUUCUCAAAAAGAAAAAAAACUUUGUUUGAGGAUGCAAAGAAAUUUGCAACUCAAACUGGGGCAGUUGUUGGUGUGAUGCUCUUUUCACCAGGUGGAAAACCAUGUUCCUAUGGUUCCACAAGCAUAGAAGAAAUAAUUGAAAAUUUUCUCAAAGUGAAACUAGAGGAUCGCCAACGUGAUUAUGUUGAGGGCAAAUCAAAUGGUUUUGAGGCAUUGGAAGAUCUCCAUAAAGAAUUGCAAACAUGUAACGAGAAAGAAAAAAAACGAGUACUAAUGCAUAAGAUUCUGCACCCUGGCUCAGAAAUACCUCGCGAUAAACAUAUGGAGGACCAGAAGUUGGCAAUGAAGUUGCGGGUAGAGAAGAUUAAAAAAGAAACACAAAAUUCUAUUUUGGUCGAGCAUCUGAAGUUUGAUUUGAAUGUUGCCCCUGAGCCAGAAGAUGAGGAGGAAUCUUGA